AUGAAUUGUUCAUCAACUGUUCAGACUAUUCAAUCGAAAAUAAAUGCAUUUUAUCAUUUAACUAUGACUGAUGACGAUUCUAAAAUAAAAAAUGCUAUUCACGAAGUGCUCAAUCUAUGGCCAGAGAUACUGACUGCAGCCAAUGAAGCCACAGAUGAUGAAUUAUUUACUUUAAAUGUUAAUCGAGCUGUUUUAACUCAAGUAUUUACAAUUGUUUUGUCGAAAGAGUUUUUUAAUAAAGAUCAUUUAUUAGUUCGUGAGAUAUUUUUUGGCUGUUUCAAUUUACUUGUUGAUCAUUUGUAUAUUUUUAAAAAUACUGAUUUAACACCUAUAACAAUAUUUAUCGAUUCUAAUGUACGUCUUAUAAUGAAAAUGAUCACAAGUAUAACUUCAUUGGUAAAUUUUACGAAUGAAGAUUUUUCGAAAAUUAAAGAUUAUCAAUUAUUAAUCGCCAUGCGUGAACAUAUCGAUCAAGAUAAUGAACAGGAUAAUCUAACGGAUGGUAUUAUUUCAUUUAUUUGGAAUCUAUCAGAUCGAACUAUAUUAAUACCAUUAUUGAUAAACACCGGUUAUCCUGAAAGUGUUGUUCAAUGGAUUAAAAUUCGCGAACGUAAAUUUCGAAAUGAUAAAUUAGAUGCGCCAAUACAUAUUUUACAUAAUCUAUCACGGCAUGACGAUGGUAUUAAAGCACUAAAUAGCCAUGGAGCACUAGGCGUUAUUGAAGAAAUGAAAAUUGAACCGAAAAUAUACGAUGAUCCUGAUGAUAUAACGAUACAUAUUGCGAUGAUACGUGUUCUUCUUACUGAUAUAUAUCAAAUAAGAUUCGAUUCAAUAAAAUAUUCGAAUAAAAUUAUAAAUAUGAUAAUAAAAUUAUCUAUAGAUUCAGUAAAAAAUGAUAGAAGCCGUUAUAAUGGUUCUCAUGUAUCGGAGCCAUUGACAGUAAUUGUAAAAUUAUUUCACAAUGAUGAAAUAUUACAUAGUACGUUUACUAAUAAUGAAACUAAAACAACGAUUGAAUCACUAAUAGAACUUUUACCAUCAUAUCUUAUUAAAUUUUAUCCAAGAAUAGAUAUUGACGAUGAUAUAUUAGAAAACUAUACAUGUGCUGUCAUAUUGAAUCUGUUGUGGCUUGUUUCCAAUCAUAAAAAAUAUCGUCAGAUUGUUGGAAAUAAUCAAGCAUUGAUGGAUAUUAUAAAGCAGGCUGCAAGUGAUGAACUAAAUUUCGUAGAUAAAUUUAUGCCACGAACAAUGAAAAGCAUAAAGCAAUCGGCUAAUGAAAUUUUGAAAAAUAUUAAUAGUUGA